AUGGGCAACAAAGUGGUCACGUUUACCGAUGAGCAGCUGGAGGAUUAUCAGGAUUGCACCUUCUUCACCCGGAAGGACAUUCUGCGGGUGUACAAGCGGUUUCGGAGCAUGAACCCGGAUUUGGUGCCGAAGGUGAUGAUCGAGGGUCAGGCCAGCACCCUGAAGGUUUCCCGGGAGUGCAUCGAACGGAUGCCGGAACUGGUGGAAAAUCCCUUCAAGCGCCGGAUGUGCGAAGCAUUUUCCCGGGACGGCGAUGGGGAUUUGACGUUCGAGGAAUUUUUGGACCUGCUGUCGGUGUUCAGCGAGAUGGCCCCAAGGGAUAUUAAAGUGUUCUAUGCCUUUAAAAUAUAUGAUUUUGACAAGGACGGCUUUAUCGGGCAUGCCGAUUUGCUCAACGUCAUCAUCGCCUUAACACGAAACGAACUAACCAUCGAAGAACAUCAACAGAUUGCCGAGAAGGUUAUCGAAGAGGCGGAUGUCGAUGGAGACGGGAAACUGUCCUAUCUGGAGUUCGAGCACGUGAUUACGCGGGCACCGGACUUUAUAUCGACUUUUCACAUUCGAAUUUAG